CCUAUAAAAUGAGUUCCCAAAAAAUGCGAACCAACCUGAAGCUCUCAAGACUUCUAUAUAAAUACACUGAAGAGAAAAAAGAGGAAAAACCUAUCGAGGAGAGUCCAAAGCCCGUGGAAGAGGAGUACGAAUCCUACCCGCCUUACAACUUCUCGUGGUUCGUCGAAGGCAAGGUCGCCGCCAUGGGAUGGCCGCAAACCGUGGCCAAUCUGAACUACUUGGCAGACGCUGGCAUCGACCACUUGAUCACGCUGUCGCCCGAGAGGAGACCGCCGAUCCUGGACUGCAAGAAGAAGCUGAAAUGGACCGAGAUCAGGAUAAAAGAGUUCGGGACGCCGACGUUGCGGCAGAUCAUUAAGUUUAUUGAAAUUUGUGAGAGAGCAGAGAUUAGGGGAGAGGUGAUUGGCGUGCACUGCCGGCACGGGCGCGGGCGCACGGGCACGAUGCUGGCGUGCUACCUCGUGCACUUCCGCGACAUGGCGCCCGAGCGCGCCGUGCUCACCGUGCGCGUGCAGCGCCCAGGGUCCUGUGAAACAUACGAGCAAGAAAAGAUCGUGUGCCACUACCACGACUGCGUGCGCGGGACCAUAGAGAAGCCAGACUACCGCCUCGUCGAGGACAAACUCUACUUCGACUGCUCUAUGAAACACAUGUUCGAAGACAGCGACAAUGAUGAUGAACAAAUAACCACGGAAAAGGAUAAAAACGUCAAGAAAGAAACGGUCGUCAAGUUUGAAGAAGACUUCGUUGACAGAAGAGAGCUAAUCAAAAAGUUGUGCGAAAAAAAAACGAACACAAUGAUAAUCAAUCAUAGAAUUUAUUUCUAAUUUUAUUAUACUUAUUAUGUACAUGUACAAUAUAACUUGAACAAUUUUUUGUACUUUUGUACGGAAAUAAAUACAUUUCACACGGUGAA